AUGGCCGAACCCAAAGUAUUGAUUGUGACUGGCGCAACCGGCCAUCAGGGCAGUGCAGUGAUUGACGCGCUGAUUGCUGCUGACGAUGCCAACUUCCACAUCCUUGCGGUAACGCGUAACACCACCUCGGCAGCGGCCAACGCGUUGCGCGCAAAAUCCAAGAAAAUUAGCGUAAUCGAAGGAAACCUGGACGACGCGACGGCUCUCCUCAACGCAGUCCAGGCGGCGACGAACCCCCAGACCAUCUGGGGCGUUUUCAGCAUGCAGCAGUCGGGCAACAGCCAGGCCGCCGCCGUGAUGGAAGAGAAGCAGGGCCAGGCACUCGUGGACGCAUCGCUAGCUGCCGGCGUGCAGCACUUCGUCUACGCGUCUGUGGACCGCAACGGAGAGCAGCCUACCGACAUCCCGUACUUUGCAAGCAAGCACCGCCUGGAGAAGUACCUGAUAGAAAGCGCCAAAGACAAGCCCAUGAAAUGGACUAUCUUGCGUCCUGUCUCCUUUAUGGAGAAUUUCGACGGCUCCACUGGCAAGGCAUAUGCCGCCAUGCUCAGGGUGUCGCUCAAGGCUAAGCCGAUUCAGUUUGUUGCGACCCAUGAUGUCGGUGUCGUGGCUGCCAGGGCUUUUUGUGACCCAGAUAGCUUCUCUGGGAAGACCAUCUCCAUUGCUGGCGACGAGCUAACCUUUGACGCCUUAGCCGCUGUGUAUCGCGACAAAGUUGGCCGCGAUGUUCCCGCCCUGCCGGGUUUCGUGGGACGACUCAUCCUGCUUUCCAGCAAGGAUUUGCGCGUCAUGUUUAACUUUUUCGCCGAACAGGGUUACGGGGCAGAUGUUACAACAGUGAAGGCUGAAUACCCUGGAAUUAUGAAUUUUGGGACGUGGCUGGAGUGGAAGGCCUCCAAGUCUAGAAAGUAG